CCAGUUCCACGUCAAGUCGAGCUUGCAGAUCAAGAAGAACGCCAUCAUCGACGACUACAAGGUCACCAGCCAGGUUCUGGGACUGGGCAUCAACGGGAAAGUUUUGCAGAUCUUCAACAAGAGGACCCAGGAGAAAUUCGCUCUCAAAAUGCUCCAGGACUGCCCCAAGGCCCGCAGGGAGGUGGAGCUGCACUGGCGGGCCUCCCAGUGCCCACACAUCGUGCGCAUUGUAGAUGUCUACGAGAACCUGUAUGCAGGCAGGAAGUGCCUGCUGAUUGUCAUGGAGUGUUUGGAUGGUGGAGAACUAUUUAGCCGAAUCCAGGACCGAGGAGACCAAGCAUUCACAGAAAGAGAAGCGUCAGAAAUCAUGAAGAGCAUUGGUGAGGCCAUCCAGUAUUUGCACUCAAUCAACAUUGCUCAUCGGGAUGUCAAGCCUGAGAAUCUCUUAUACACCUCUAAAAGGCCCAACGCCAUUCUGAAACUCACUGAUUUUGGCUUUGCCAAGGAAACCACCAGCCAUAACUCUUUGACCACUCCUUGUUAUACGCCAUACUAUGUGGCCCCGGAAGUGCUAGGCCCAGAGAAGUAUGACAAGUCCUGUGACAUGUGGUCCUUAGGUGUCAUCAUGUACAUUCUGCUCUGUGGGUAUCCCCCCUUCUAUUCCAACCAUGGCCUUGCUAUCUCUCCGGGCAUGAAGACUCGCAUCCGAAUGGGCCAGUACGAAUUUCCCAACCCAGAAUGGUCAGAAGUAUCAGAGGAAGUGAAGAUGCUUAUCCGAAACCUGCUGAAAACAGAGCCCACUCAGAGAAUGACCAUCACAGAGUUUAUGAACCACCCCUGGAUCAUGCAAUCAACAAAGGUCCCUCAAACUCCACUGCACACCAGCCGGGUCCUGAAGGAGGACAAGGAACGGUGGGAAGAUGUCAAGGAGGAGAUGACCAGUGCCUUGGCCACAAUGCGUGUUGACUAUGAGCAGAUCAAGAUAAAAAAGAUUGAAGAUGCCUCCAACCCUCUGCUGCUGAAGAGGCGGAAGAAGGCUCGGGCCCUGGAGGCUGCAGCCCUGGCCCACUGAGCUGCUGAGCCCUCCUGUCCGCGGGAGGACGAGCAAUAACUCUACAUGAAUUUAUUUUUUAAACGAAGAGACACAGACUGUCCACUUCUGCUUCCUGUCCUCUGCAGCUUUGUGGAGUCUGAGACAGCGUCAGGGGCUGAAUCCUGCCUUUGGUCCUGGCCAUUCCAGAGACGGAGGGGCCAGGAGGCUGCGGAGAAGGGAGCAAGCAGCUCUCACACCUGUGCUCAUUUUGCAAUUUUAUCAGUGAUUGACUUAGAGUUUUUAUGAAACCUCUUUUGUUGCCCUUUCCCUCACUCCCCUUCCUAUCACACACCUUCCCCUCUGGAUAUUGCAAAGGUUUGGGGCUUGUCCAAGGGUAUUUGUGGAAACUGUUACAGGGAUUGUCCCUGGGUUGUCCCAUCUGCCCUCCCGGUUUUCUCACUACGGUCCUGGGUCCCCACUGGCUCAGGCAUUCUGGGGGCUCAAGGCUACCCUUGGAAGGGUUGCUACCCACCUCCUCUCCUGGAGGGUCCUCAGGUGUCACCAGUGUGCUGGACAGAUAGGAGUGAGUGUGUGCGUGUGUGCAUGUGCGCGUGUCCAGAUCUGUGCCUGGGACUGUGCAUUCAAGGGGCUGGGCAGGUGGGGCUCCAGAACCUCCCCGUCCCUGCCUGCACUGAGCCUGCCUAAGUGCCUGGGAAGCCUGUCCAGAUCCAGAGCCAGGCCCCGUGGCCUGUUAGCUGCGUUCCAGGAGGCAGAGAGGAGCGACUUGGGCACUGUCGCAGUGCUCAGGAAGUCUGGACCCUCAGGACUACUGCCCAUGUAGUGCUGGUCCUAGGGCCUCUUGAGGCACUGACCUACUGGAACAGCCUCUGUUUCCCCUUCUUGCCAUUAUUAAUCCAUUCUUGUUGAUUUUUCUUAAAUUUUUAGCCAUUUCUCAGUGGGCUGCCUCUCAGGUCACGUGGGUGAGCCUGGGUAGGUCAGACUGCAGAACUUCUGUGUUUCAAGCGUCUCUCCUGGGCUCUGGGGCAUCAGCCAGCUACCCUUUAUGGGCAAGGGUAGGACCACUUUUGUGGCCCUCCCUCAAAUUUCCACUGUGUGGCCUAGUGGGUGGGGGUAGUCUUCGCACCAAAGAUGUCCCCACUUUGCCCCCUGCCCAUUAGCCACUGUAUCCCCCCGACUCGGCCUGUGACGAGAGGGGGUACCCCCAGUAUUUGAGGAGCAUCAGCGUGGGGAGAGUCCUCAGUGCCAUGGUCCCACAUUCCUCCCUCCCUCUGGAGGAGGGGGUGGCUCCCUCAGGGGCUGGUGGUGGAGGGCCCCUGAGUCUUCUCUGGGUCUGGGGGCAGGGCCCUGGGUGCCUACAGCACCGCCCUUGUCUGUGAUGGUGUGUCAAGCACUCAGACUGUUGUAAACUGUUGUUUUGUAUGAACGAAUUUGUCUUUACUAAACAGAUUUAAUAGUUGA